AUGUCCAGCCCUCCUCCCCCGCAGCAGCCUCCCCGGUCUUUCCCCGCCCCCUGCUGGAACCACGAGGAGACCGUCGCCCUGAUCCACGCCUACCGCGACAAGUGGUUCUCCCUCGGCCGCCGCACCCUACGCUCCCCCGACUGGGACGAUGUCGCCUCCGUCGUCGCCCUCCACUGCCCCUCCUCCCCCUCCCCAAAGUCCUCUGUGCAGUGCCGCCACAAGAUCGAGAAGCUCCGCCGCCGCUACCGCGCCGAGAAGCAGCGGUGCGCCAGCUACUCAGGUAGGGUUUUCAGCUCCUGGGAUCUGUUUCACCUCAUAGACUCCAUCGAAGCAGGAUCCGAGCCCGAAAUCCUCGUGCCAAAGACCCGCGGCAAGAAGAACCUUCGGGAUGGAGAUGAUGACUUUGACCCGAGCUACGAUUUCGGUUCCAGUUUCGGAGGCGGGGCAAAGACCCCGGCUGAUAGGAAUGAGGUAGUUCUAGGGCUUAGUGCGACGAAUCCUCCCAAAAUUGAUAGGAAUUUCGUAUCCAAUUUCAAUGUCGGGCAAAAUCGAGGCGGCAGAAUUCAUAGAGCUGUUAGCGAUUACGAUUAUGGUGGUGGUCGUGAUUACGCUAGUCCGAUCCCUCUUGGGGUUAGGCUCAGGCAUAGAACAGCUGAUAGUCUUGAUCCUGAUUAUCAUGGGAGCAGAUACCCUUCGAAGGCAAUUGGCGGUGGCAAUAUGGGGUCUUUAGGGUUGAGGCCGAAGAAGCACAGGAGAACUGAUGAGAUGCUUGACUCAGAUGACGAUGACUCUGUUGAAAGUGAUGAAGAAAUGGCGUUUCGACCGAGCUCAAGUUUUAGGCCGGAGAACGGGCGUGCCCAAGCUCCUGUGGGGAGAAAAAUCAAUCCAUUCACUGAGAUAGCAUCAUCAAUCAAGAUGUUAGGGGACGAGUUUGUGAGGAUGGAGAAGAUGAAAAUGGAGAUGGCGAGGGAGUUUGAGAAGACGCGGAUGAGGUUUGAGAUGAAGAGGAAUGAGAUGAUAAUCAAGUCCGAGCAGAUGAUUAUUAGUGCCGUCAUCGAGGCAGUACAUGAGAAUAAGAAGGUGGGGAAGGCAGUGUCGCCUGAAACGUAG